GUGAACUGGGGCCUUAUAAACCUCGCGUGAGAGCAGUGUCGUUUCUACUUGCUGCGAGCUUGUUCGCGUGCAGUCUUGAAACUCAUACGUAUAUCUGAAGAACAUUCUAAGAAUAUCGUGAGGAAAACAAAAAAGAUGCCAGGACAAAGACUAUCAAUCCGAAUUAACGCCGCUCUCGGACGUUUUCAUGGUGAAAACCCCAUUUCCAUCGUGAGGAAAGUGUGCGAAUGCCGGCACAGGUUUCAAAGAGAUUGUCUAUGUCUCUACCGGAGACAAAGUAACCCGUAUGAUGUGAGCGGUGACGUGGAUGGUGUGGCUCUCAACGGAGAUACAGAGCUGGACGAGUUGACUCUAGCUGUGCGCUCUGUGGAUCUGCUGAGUGAGAAAUCAGAUCGGAACAAGACGGAGCAUCACACGGAUCAAUACAACAGUGACCAGCUCAUCAUCCGCAGAGGACAGACUUUUCAAAUAGAGCUCGACCUCUCACGACCUUUCAACCCAAACACAGAUAAACUUCACCUGGAAAUGAAGACGGGGUCGUUCCUGCAGGUGUCGAAGAAGACACACAUCAUCAUACCGCUGGUGGACGAGCUCCAGGAUGAACGCUGGGAGGCAAAGAUGGUGGAGCAGAAGGACAACAGGGUGAGGCUUUCUGUCAACUCCCCCGUCACUGCUGUUAUCGGGAAGUACAAGCUGACCAUCACAACACAAAACCUGAAGACGGGCGAAACUACCACGCAUGACCACGACAAAGACAUCUACAUGCUCUUCAAUCCCUGGUGUGAAGAUGACACGGUGUACAUGGAGGGGGAGAAAGAGCUGAAGGAGUACGUCUUAAAUGACACUGGAAGAAUCUACUAUGGCACUGAGAAGCAGAUUGGAGCUCGUACGUGGAACUUCGGCCAGUUUGAUGAAGGGAUUCUGGAGGCCUGUCUGUUUGUGCUGGAUAACAGCGAUGUUCCUCCUUCGGGACGAGGAGAUCCUGUCAGUGUGGUCCGAGUCAUUUCUGCCAUGAUCAAUUCUCCGGAUGACCUUGGUGUUCUGGAGGGAAACUGGUCGGGAAAUUACGCUGGCGGGACGUCUCCCACGGCCUGGAGUGGAAGUGUUGAAAUCCUCCGGCAGUACCACAGAGAAAGAGGAACGCCCGUCAAAUACGGCCAGUGCUGGGUGUUUUCUGGGGUCACGACCACAGUAUUGAGAUGUUUAGGUAUUCCUACCCGUUCUGUAACUAAUUUCCAGUCUGCACAUGACACGGAUGUGUCCUUGACGACAGAUGUGUAUUUAGAUGAGAAUAUGGAACCAAUCAAUCAUCUCAACUCGGACUCUGUGUGGAACUUCCAUGUGUGGAACGACUGCUGGAUGGCCCGUCCGGAUCUGCCUCCUGGUUUGGGCGGCUGGCAGGCCGUGGACUCCACACCUCAGGAGACCAGUUAUGGGACGUUCCGCUGUGGCCCAGCGUCACUGGCCGCUAUUCGCUCCGGACAGGUCUACCUUAAAUUUGACACCCCUUUCGUCUUUGCUGAGGUGAACAGUGAUAAGAUCUACUGGCAGAGGAACCUGGAUGGCACCUUCAAGCAGAUCCACAGUGAGAAGAAAGCAGUCGGCCUCUGCAUCAGCACUAAAGCUGUGGGCUCGGACGAACGUGUCGACAUCACACACCUUUACAAAUAUCCUGAAGGUUCAGAAGAGGAGCGUAUCGCAGUGGAAACCGCCUGUCGCUAUGGCUCUAAACCCAACGUCUACUCCAGUCCCAUUGCUGAGGAUGUGCAGGUGGAGGUGAAGAUGGAGGGAGAAGGUCCACGCAUGGGAGAAGACGCUCAGCUGAAGAUCGUGGUGAAGAACAGCAGCUCUCAGCCGCGCAGAACCACCCUCCACAGCCAGGUGGCAGUCAUGUACUACACCGGCGUGCUGAAGGACACCGUGAAGAAGGACACGCUUAAUGUGGAGCUGAACCCACAGGAAGAGAAGACUCUUGACUGGGUGCUGCCAUACACACAGUAUCAGGAUCAGCUGGUGGACCAGGCCGCGCUCAUGCUGACUCUGUCAGGACGGGUCACUGAGACCCAGCAGGUUUUGGCCAAUCAGACCAGCUUUAGGCUCCGAACACCUGAUCUCCACAUCGAGUCUAUCGGAGAGGCAUAUGUGGGCAAGGAGAUGUCCGUGAAGAUCACAUUCACAAAUCCUCUUCCUUGUACUCUGCGUGAUGUGGUCAUCCGAGUGGAAGGACUCGGGCUGAGAGACCUCCAUCCCAUCAAAGUGGGUGAUGUGGGCAAACAUGCCAAUGUGACGGUGACGGAGCACUUCGUCCCCUUGAUAGCAGGCAAGAGGAAGCUGGUGGCGUCUCUGGACUGCAGACAGCUGUCGCAGGUGCACGGUGUGACCGACAUCGACGUUCACGAGAGCCAGUGAACUCACUCACACUAUCAGAAUCAUCUAACUGCACAUAUAAAGUGUUUACAUUGAGCCAUGUGGUUAUCUCUUCAAGAAAUAACCUCUUUUUCACAUACAAUCAUUCCUACUGUAUGUCUCUGAUCUGAAAUUUGUUUUGAAUUCAUUUUAGACAUAAUUUAAAAAACUGUAUUGCUUUGAUUUAUUGUGUCUAUUAAAUGUUACUUUAGUUUAGUUGAUCAAAUGGAUCUGUUCACUGCUGAAAAAGUAAGCCGAUAUAUUAACGUGUAUUAAAAUUUUAUGUGAUGACUGAUAACCUACAAAAUAUAUAUUUUAUUGUGGAUAAACGCAUGUAGCUCAUGCAUUUAGUUUCUAUGCAGGUGUAGUGCCUUAUAUUGCAUACUGUUCACAAUGAUGACUAUUAUUGACUCAUUUAAUGUUCCUUUGAGUAAAUGAUUAAUAUUAAUAAUGAUUUCAUAUCGAGCUGCAUUGGUCUGAUGCAUAAUGCUGUUGUAUCCUCACAUCAUUUUGCUAUUACAAAAACUGGGAACCUUCAACUAUGAAAAUAUAUGAAGACCGUAACACUUUAUUGCUUAUUAGGUGUUUAUGGAGAUAAAGGUAGUUUGUUUGUAUUGUUUAUAUAAUGUAUUUUUGGUUUGGAACAAAUGUCAUCUGUGAUUAGAUUAAUUUGUUGAAGAGGUUUACUGAACAAUCUGCUCACACCAAUCAGCUCUGCCUCAAUUAAGAGUGUUGCUGCAUUUCAGAUUGUUUUCCACUAAUUCAUUCACUCAUGGAUAACACGGUGAUGAGUAUACAUAAAUAAUAUGUUCAUAAAUUCUUUCCCUUUCCGCAUUGCACACCUGCUCUAAUUUGUUUCUUGGUGUGGUUUAAAUAAAUAAAUAAUGUUAAAGUCAAUUGUAAUGCAUAGCAGUGCACAAUUUAUACUGGAAUCUAUGGGCUGUGUAUUUUCUGUAUUUACCUGUCCUGAAUCUCCUAAUAUAUUUUGUCAAGAUGUGCAGUGUACAAAAAAUAAAAUAAACACACACACAAUGCA